AUGUAAAAAACAAAACAACAGCAACAGCACAGCUGAUUUUUUGGAUAUAGCGCUCGCGAUACAUCGUUUGAUGAUUGACGUGGCGCAUGUGUUGAUAAUAUUUUUCGACGGUAAAUAACGUGAUAAUUUUUUUUACUGAUUUUUUAAUCAUCAAAUUAAUUGAAAAUGGAAACAAUUUUACAAAUAAAAUUAUUGAAAAAUCGUAUAGCACAAAAUGAUAUCGGUAUAAAAAACUUAUUAAAGCAAAUUUCCGAAUGUGAUAGCGAUAUACAAACAUUAAACAAAUUGAAUUCGGAAUUAUCAACACGUAUGAAUAAUGUAAGACAAGAUUUAACCGAUUUUGGUCAUUUAGUCAAAGUGAUUGAAGAUGAUGAUCUUCGUUAUCAUAUGCAAAUGGAUUUAGAAUCAAUACGUAAUCAAUAUGAAAUUAAUAUGGUUGUUAUUCGUAAAGCAAUUUUAAAUACACAGAAAAAAUUAAAUAAUCAAACAAGAGUAAAAUUAUUUGAAUAUUCAAAAAAUCUAAGAAAUCGUAUCGAUAAUAAUAAAGGUAAUUUAAAUAAUGAAACAAUGGUAAAUAAAUCAACAGCCAUAACGAAUGAUUUAUAUUCGGUUAGUCGAAUAUUGGCAAAUGAAGUAGAAAAAUCCGGUAAAAAUCUUGAAACAUUAGUAACAUCAUCAGCAUUAGCAACCGAAACAUCACAAGAAUUACGUACAAUGUCUAAUUAUAUUUCAAAUUCUCGUACAUUAUUAUUUAAAUAUGGUCGACGUGAAAUGACGGAUAAAAUAUUAACAAUACUUGCAUUAGGUUUCUUUUUUGGUUGUAUUAUCUAUGUAUUAGUGAAAAGAUUAUAUUUAAGAUCAUAA